AUGAACAAUAGAAGACGCGAGUAUUUACUAAACAACAGUUUGAAUGUAGAUAGCAGCCCAAUUGGUUUAACGCAUAUACACAGCGGGUCAACAAGCGCUAUAAGCGAGGUCAAUGAACUGGUUUGCGCUGAUAAGGACGUCCCUGUCCCAUUCUCACGCGAUAUUCCUGUCUCGGUCGCACCACUAACUGUACAUCGCUGCGAGGCGAGUUCUCCAGUGAACAGCGGGUCGCAAGUGGAAGCCCUCACCGUGGUUUUGACGAAUGUUGGCUACAUUGUGCUAACACCGCUGCGCCUGCGCCUAUGCACUUCGAGCCUACGCCAAUUAACGAAAACAGUGCGAGUAAAAAACAUGAAACAACAAUGA